AAAUUCUACCGUGGCUGUCUUGCUGAUCAGUGUGUGGCAGAGGGCGUGUAGGUGUUUGUUUUUGACAAUAGUUAGAACAACAUUACUGUACAAAUGCCGGUAAGCAAUCUGUUGGAAUUAAAUCCUGAUAAACUAUUUGAAGAGCAUUCAAUUUCCGAAAUUCAAGAGAUCCAGAAAAAGCUGCAAACUGAAAUUGAUCGAAAACGAGAAGAACUGCGAACUAUGGUUGGUGAACGUUAUCGUGAUUUAAUUGAAGCAGCAGAUACUAUUGCUGAUAUGAAAGCCACAGCUGAAGGUAUAGUGUCACACAUUGAUAAGAUGACUGAUAAAUGCAAGCAGCUUCAGGAGCAACAACUUCUGGGUUUUACACCCUCAUCCAGCACCAAAUCUUCGUCGGGAUCUGCUCCUAAGAGUUCAUUCUAUUCAGUUGCUGUUCAGAUAAGAGUAUUGAUUGUUAUUCCCGAACAUAUAUGGAUAGCAUUUGAUGAGGAAAAUUACUUACGGGCAGCUCAACUUUUUCUUUUUGCAAGGCACCUGAACACAGGUCUUCAGUUACAGUCUGGUGGAGAUAGUGGAUUGUCAGGCAAGCAGAUAGAGUACUUAUUCCCAGUGGUAGAGCGACAAUGGAGCACUAUAAGUGACUUCCUCCCAACCAUAUUGAAAAAUUGUGAAGAAAAGAUAAAGAAACAGGAUGCUACAAAUGAUGAAGUGGCAAAAAGUCUUUGUGCUUUUGCUCUCCUUGAAGGUCUCAGUUCUCAGCAACUUCUCACUAGAUUUUUGGAGCUACGCACUCGAGCACUGCAAAGGACUUUCCAGUCAGAAUCAUAUACUAGUGUGAAAGCCUGUGUUCUAGAUAGUGUCAAAUUGUUGGUACAGACUUUCUCUCUUCUGCAAGCCUGUUUUGUAGGUACUUUAGAAGAUGGUGUUAUGCACGAAGGACUUAUUUACCAGAUCUUGAAAUCAAUCGUAGGGCAAGAUGCUCCUCCAUCCAUCAGUCUCAUUGAUUUAAGAGACACCAUUGGCUUUAAAUUGUUACCAUCAGUCAUUUUAGAAUUCAGGCCAUCAUCACCUCAGCAGGUGGAUCCUCUUCUGCCAGGAUUAAUCAAAGAGUCAUUAUCUUCAUGGGUGGAUGCUACACGAGAGUAUGUGUGUCAAGAAGUAACGAUGCUGCUAAAACUGGUGCGCACUUUGAGAGGUCUAGCUGCUGUCAGGGCAGGGCAUGCAGCCAUUUCUCAGGACCAUGCUGCUAUUUGCCGAUCACUACUUGUUCCACAGGGUGCAGAUCUUUGGGGAACAUUCUUUCGACCUUCAUUGUCAUCCUGUGCACACAGUCUUGUUGACCAACAGUGGUGCAGUGCACUGCAGAAAGUCAAGAGUGCAGUUGGAGCAGCAGUCAAGGACAUCACAUAUAUCAGGCUGCAUGAACCUGAACAAGAUUUACGCUGGUUUGUGUGGAAGGAAUGGGAAACUGAUCUUCCGCAAGCUGAUCAGGAAGCACCAGAUGGAAAAGGAUUGUUAAUGAAGGCAAAAGGUUACUCUCCUCGUAUUGAGAAACUGUGCUCAGAGUUUGAUUCUCAACUGGAGGGACUAUUGAAGGAUCUAAACCAUUACAUAGAGGAUCGUGACAAUACGAGCAUUUCAAAGAGUUUUGCUGAAUCUUCUGAAGAGCAUUCUGAUAGAAAAAAACUGCAAGAGCAUCUUCAGAAAUGUAGUCUGGACAACAUGAAGCAGCUGGUGAAUUACGUUCUGGAGAAACAGUCCAAUGAUAGUGAUGGGAAUCCAUUGCUCCUGGCACGAUUCCUACAAGCUAUGUGUGAUCUCUGCCCACACUUACAGCAGUGUUUGAUGCCUCAAAGCUAUCGGAUAUCUGUGCACUCGUCAGAUGGCCCACAGGAAGUAACACCAUGGCAAGAAGUGUGCAAUUUGUUGAAACAAGAAAGUCUACUAUUGUGGAACAGGUGGAAGGAAUGUUCUUCAAAAAGAAUACAGAAACUCGUGGGUGACACUUUGUUCUUUCCCACAAACUUGGAAAAAUUGAUGUGCCUCAUGCCUCAAUGGGAUGUUGUGACAAUCGAAGAGGAAGGAGAGGGAGGACAUAGAGUUCAGUCAAAAAUCAGAGUGCCUUCCCAGCCGAGCCUCCCAUUGCAGACAUUACUGAACAAUGUUUGCCAUGAAGUAAAUGCCGUGGCUCCGCACACAUUGCCUAGGCCAUCAUCACCUCAGCAGGUGGAUCCUCUUCUGCCAGGAUUAAUCAAAGAGUCAUUAUCUUCAUGGGUGGAUGCUACACGAGAGUAUGUGUGUCAAGAAGUAACGAUGCUGCUAAAACUGGUGCGCACUUUGAGAGGUCUAGCUGCUGUCAGGGCAGGGCAUGCAGCCAUUUCUCAGGACCAUGCUGCUAUUUGCCGAUCACUACUUGUUCCACAGGGUGCAGAUCUUUGGGGAACAUUCUUUCGACCUUCAUUGUCAUCCUGUGCACACAGUCUUGUUGACCAACAGUGGUGCAGUGCACUGCAGAAAGUCAAGAGUGCAGUUGGAGCAGCAGUCAAGGACAUCACAUAUAUCAGGCUGCAUGAACCUGAACAAGAUUUACGCUGGUUUGUGUGGAAGGAAUGGGAAACUGAUCUUCCGCAAGCUGAUCAGGAAGCACCAGAUGGAAAAGGAUUGUUAAUGAAGGCAAAAGGUUACUCUCCUCGUAUUGAGAAACUGUGCUCAGAGUUUGAUUCUCAACUGGAGGGACUAUUGAAGGAUCUGAACCAUUACAUAGAGGAUCGUGACAGUACGAGCAUUUCAAAGAGUUUUGCUGAAUCUUCUGAAGAGCAUUCUGAUAGAAAAAAACUGCAAGAGCAUCUUCAGAAAUGUAGUCUGGACAACAUGAAGCAGCUGGUGAAUUACGUUCUGGAGAAACAGUCCAAUGAUAGUGAUGGGAAUCCAUUGCUCCUGGCACGAUUCCUACAAGCUAUGUGUGAUCUCUGCCCACACUUACAGCAGUGUUUGAUGCCUCAAAGCUAUCGGAUAUCUGUGCACUCGUCAGAUGGCCCACAGGAAGUAACACCAUGGCAAGAAGUGUGCAAUUUGUUGAAACAAGAAAGUCUACUAUUGUGGAACAGGUGGAAGGAAUGUUCUUCAAAAAGAAUACAGAAACUCGUGGGUGACACUUUGUUCUUUCCCACAAACUUGGAAAAAUUGAUGUGCCUCAUGCCUCAAUGGGAUGUUGUGACAAUCGAAGAGGAAGGAGAGGGAGGACAUAGAGUUCAGUCAAAAAUCAGAGUGCCUUCCCAGCCGAGCCUCCCAUUGCAGACAUUACUGAACAAUGUUUGCCAUGAAGUAAAUGCCGUGGCUCCGCACACAUUGCCUAGGAAGAUUCAUCAAGACUUGGUUGAAUGUAUAAUUGGACUUAUUUUCGACUUCUAUAAAACCACUAUGAAUACAAAACCACUGAGUCAGGCACAAUCGUUGCAAUUUUUACUUGAUGUUAAAUACCUGACACUCCUACUAGUUCCCAGAGACAACAAGGUGUUAAUGGGGUGUUCGCAAGAAUUGUGUGAGAAAUUGGAAAGUGAAGUUGAUCCAUUUGAUUUAGAUGUGUUCUCUCCUUAUAUUCAAAACAACAUUAAAAGAAGUGUUCAGAGGACACAGGGCCUACUGGGAAUUCUCGUGGCUUGGCCUGAGAAGUUAUGCCACACGGCACCGGUCAGAGGUCAGGGAAGUGGUGACAGCUCUGCAUCCGGACAGACUGGUGGCAUAGAUGAUCCAAGCGUGCUUCCCCUGGGUCCCACAGCCCAGUGGUUCCCUCUGCUGCCAGUCACGGGCCCAGCAUCUGGGUCACGCCUCAGCACAACUGGAGCUGCACCAGUCGUUGCUGCUGGUGCCGCCACUGUCCAGCAGGCUGACAAGUCUCAGCCAAAGAAAGCACCCACUCCAAAGCAGAAGAUUGAUCCCUCACCAGGGGAAAUUGUCCGGUCUGGUGCAGCAGCAUUCUUUGGUGCUAUGAGCACUGAUUGGUUCGGAUAAACCACAUAAUUCACCUUUCUUGUAACCAAAGAGGAAGAAAUGUUAUGCCAUUACAAGUUAAUCAAAUUGUUACAGAACUGCACAGGCUGUAAUUCUUGUACAGGACUGUUAAUAUUAUGGUGAAAUAGCUUUAAACUUGUACACAACUGUUAAUACUGUUUCCGUGUGCACUGUAGUGCAUUGCAGUACCUGUUUUCUGAGUAAUAAACAUUUACAUUGUUCUCAA